UUUGACACCACCCAUGUGUGGUCAGUUGUGCAAGCUGAGAUGUUUGAAUUGUCAACUUUAUAGUGGGUUUUUUAGUGAUUUGUAUAAAGAUUAGCACUUAUGGUCUGUCAUUAUGGCGUCUAAAGUGCUGUACUCGCUCAGAGAUCCCACCCCUAAGAAAAGAGAUGAUUUUGAGGACAUUCUUGAUGAGAGGAGGAACUCCAGUGAUCUGAGAUAUGCUCUGAAGUGCUACACACCUGCUGUGUAUAGAAACCUGUCGCCUUGUAAAGCCAGCAUGCUGAAAAACCUCGUCCUGCAGUCCGAGUCUCUGAGAUACGUCAUCGGGCGGGUGUCUGCGGAGACCGGCGAGACUCACGAGGUCGUACAGGAGGAAGCGUCUCAGGUGCUGGAGGAAAUGGCUCACCGCUUGCAGCUCAGCUGUGUCCGCUUCUUCGCCUUCACACUCAGCAAAGCCUUCAAAGCGCUGUACCGUAGCGUUCGUGUCAACGAGGAGGGCAUCCAGAGACUUCAGCAGGCCAUUCAGGAGCAUCCGGUGGUUCUUCUGCCCAGUCACCGCAGCUACGUAGACUUCCUGAUGAUGUCCUACCUCCUGUUCACCUACGAUCUGGCUCUACCCGUCAUCGCUGCAGGAAUGGAUUUUAUCAGCAUGAGGUUUGUUGGAGAGAUGUUGCGAAUGUCAGGAGCGUUUUUUAUCCGCCGCUCGUUUGGCGGAGAUCAACUCUAUUGGGCAGUUUUCUCUGAAUAUGUGAAGACCAUUCUAAGGAACGGUUACGCUCCAAUCGAGUUCUUCCUCGAAGGCACCAGGAGCCGAACAGCGAAAUCACUCACACCAAAGACGGGUCUGCUGAAUAUAGUCAUGGAGCCGUUUUUUAAAGGAGAAGUCUUCGACGUGAACUUGGUUCCUGUGAGCAUAAGUUAUGAGAGAAUUCUAGAAGAGUCUCUAUAUGCACGUGAGCUGCUUGGAGUACCAAAACCCAAAGAGUCCACAUCUGGUCUGUUAAAGGCCAGGCGGAUCCUUAGUGAGGAUUUUGGUACGAUGCACGUCUACUUCGGCGCUCCGGUGUCCGUACGUAGCCUGGCACAGGGCCACGUGAGCCGUUCCCAGUACAACCUGGUGCCCAGACACGUUCCUCAGAGGCCGACGGCAGACACUCAGGCGUUUGUGAAUGACGUAGCGUUUCACCUGGUGCGGCUACAGGAGGAGAACAUGGUACUGAAGCCCUGGGCGCUGAUCUCCACCCUGCUCCUGCAGAACCCUGACGGUGUGGAGCUGUCAGCUCUCAGCCAGCAGGUAGACUGGCUCCGGCGCCUGGCCCUCAGCUUCGGGGCCUUUCUGGACUGGCCAGAUGGUGAGCCAUGCAUUAAGGUGAUCAGCUCCAGUCUGACCAUACACAGAAACUUGGCGUGUGUGUCUGGGGGGCAUGUGCGUCUGGUCGUUCCUGAGGUGUCAGGGGCGGGGCUGAGUGCUGAAGAGGCGGAGUUUAACCGAGCGGUCAGUGUGCUGUCCUGCGGGUCUUACAGGAAUCAGGCGCUGCAUGUGUUCGUGAGGCCGGCUCUCCUGGCUGUGGCCAUGCACAACGCAAACUCCAGCCGGAGAGACGAGGUCUACAACUGCUUUAACUUUCUGUGGAACGUUUUCUCCAAUGAGUUCAUCCUCUGUCCUGGAGCCUCAGUGAAGGACUUUGAGGAGGCAUGUUACUUGCUGGUGAAGUGCGGCGCAGUUCAGGAGGUGCAGCAGGAGGUUGUGAUGUCAUCGAGCGGACAGGCGACGCUGUCCUUCCUGUGUUCGCUGAUGGAGCCGUUUUUGCAGGGCUACCAGGUGGUGUGUCAGUAUCUGUGUGAGGACGUGCAGGAAGAUCUACCUGAGAAGAACUUUGUCCCUGCUGUGAGGAAUUUUGCUCUCCGUCUCAUCCUGGCAGGAAGCCUGAAGUGUUACGAAGCUUUAUCGUCCGAUUUGCAGAAAAACGCCCUGGCUGCACUGAUACGGCUGAAAGCCGUCAAGAAGGUCAAGACCGGCGAUCAGGUGGUGCUGAAGAUCAACAAGAUGGCCAUGAACUCGUUGGAGGACUCGCUGGGGGGUAAAAUUCCCACCCAGAAGCCUGUCCUCGCUCGGCUGUAAGCACGCACACACACACACACACACACACACACACAUGUACACACACAUACACACUCCUCCCAACGUGUGCCUCUACUGCCUUCAUUUGCAUAAUGUUUUGCGUCACGGCUUUGCCAACUACAAGGACUGUUUGUCAUCGAGCUUUAAGGAGCCGUAACCAUCUGGGACACGCUCUCUCUACACACACACACACACACACACACAGUCUCAGUGUUAAUAUCCUGCUGUGUGAUCAAUGCUCCACUUUUUAACCGCUCUGAACUUUCGUUAUCAGCUGUUACUAUUUUUGAUCUCACCAAAUUGUGCAAUUUUUUUUGGAUUGAUUUUUUUAAUAAUGUUUGCACACUUUAUUUAAGACACGGUAUUUUUUUUUGCACAAAGUCAUCGUGUUUUUUUUUGUUUUUUUUUGCUUGAAAGGCAUCAGGUUCUUCCAUUUUGUUUCUUGAUACAGCGACGCUGCCAUAAAUCAAAACAAAAAGAACUGAACCGUAGUUUUCUAGAUGAGAAUAUGCAAACAAACUAAGAGAAAGUGUUUUGUUUUGUCUUGUGUUUUUUUUUAUAUAUUAUUUAUCUCCAAAAAUAGAUUUGUUUGUCAUUGAGUUUGGUCUGGUUUAAUGUGUUGAUUAUACUGUAGAUUAUAUUUUAUGAAGCGGUUCUGAUUUUAUCAGAGGAUAUCUGGGUUGAUGUAGUUUGGGAUAUUUGGCUAAAGUUUAGAUUUGCUAUGGGAUAUCUGGAUAAAGUUUGGAUUGGAUUUGAAAUCUAAAACUAAAGUUUGGAUUUUGUUCGGGAAUUUGGUAAAAAAAAACAACAAAGCUGGAACAGCUUUGACGGACUUGGAUAUAGUUUGUGAUAUCUGCUUAAAGCUUGGAUUUAAUUUCCACAUGGUCUGAAAUUUUUAGCUAAAGUUUAGAUUUGAGUUCUGCGAUAACACCAAGCUAAAGUUUAGGGGUUUUUUUUAGGGAAUUUUGGUUAAAAUAUCUGGUUUAAAUUUGGAUUUGGUGUGGGAUGACAUCGGUAGUUGUUUUUUAUGUACUUUGGUCUGUAAUUGUUAUUUAGAACAGUUAUAUACUGCUAACACACAAUCCAAUGUUUACAGCAUCCUUUAGCCAUAAUAGACUUUUUCGCCAUGUUGAGGAUCGGCAACGUGGAGAGAAUCUUACAUCCUAAAACGUUUAUGUAAUGUUUAUAAAUAAUAUAUUUCUCUGUAAUGUUAUUAAUAAUUCAUGAAGUGCCAACAAAGCAGUAAAAACAUCGCAUAAAAAGCUAUGCAUUAAAUACUCAACGUUCUCGAACAGCGAAAAGUGUCCCAUGAUGUCAUUUACGCUGAUGAGACUGCAUGUCGUCACGUCGCCCAAAGGAAGAAUGAAGCUAUAAAAGAUUAAACGCAGAACUGUUGUGCUGUCACAUGGUGUAACUCAUGGAUAUUUUCUGCUGAAUAUAUACAUGACACAUUUUAAACUAAAAUAAAAAAACACGACUGCCCGCUACAUCUUUACAAGGGCUUCAGAUGCCAUGAUUACAGCUUAGACCUUUUUUUUACACAUAUGAUUUAUCUUAAAGUACAUUUGUCACGUAUGCUAAUCCGAGUACGCUUAACAUAUGUCAUGCUAGUAACAGUGGUUUAUAAUGCAGAGUUUGGGUUGUGUGUGUGUGUGUUUGUGUAUGUUUUCUUGUAUAAUUAUCAACUGUGCAGCUGAUUGUACUUGAAAAAGUAAUCUAAGUACAUUAUUAUAUUACUGUUAUUUUAAUGUGCCAAAAACAGUCAACUUUACUAAAGUCCACUCAGGGCAAUUAAAAGUUUUUUUUUGUUUUAUUACUUUUCAAUUUAAAAAUUUUUACUUUACUUAACACUACUUUAAAACCUGGAUUCUUAUGCAGUAAGUGAACUCUGUAACUUUAGGACAAGGAUAUGUAAUAUCUCUUGGCAUUCCUUUUUUGAGGCCCCACUUUUCCUCAGAUCUGCGAUUUCUUUUUUUUAAAUAAAACCCUAAACAAAAGAGGUGAAUCCAUGAGAUAAAGCAUGUCUGUAAGCCCUGUGAUUUUCCACUGUAAUGUCUUUGCCAACAACAACACUCUUUUGCCAAAGUCGUUUCUUGUUACUGAUGUUUCUGUGCUUUGGGUUUGCAGUGUGUUUGAAUAAUUACUGAUUCAGUCUAAUUUCACGGUUUGACAGAGUUUGUCUAAUGAAUAAUGAUUAUAGUGUGUGUUUGUUUGUGUGUGUGUGUAUGUGUGUGUUUUGUAUUAAUUUCUGUAAUGACAAUAAAGUCUGAUAAUCGAGUGUG